AUGGCACCCACAGCGACAUUUAAGCAACUGUUUACGAACAAUGGCCUCAAAGAAAAGGCACCGAAUAAAAAUAUUGACGAGAACGAUGUAUUGGCUUUGUGCGAAGAAAUGUCUGCAAAAAAGAAGAUUCAACCAAAAAUCCGCCCAGAUUAUCUCCAAAAUUUGCGAAUCAAGUUCCUUGACACUCGUCCAUUAAAGCAAAAAUCUAUUGCUGCCAUUACACCAGCAAUAGAAGAGCCAUUGGAUAAAACAUCUAAUACCAAAGACACUGAACCAGUACCAACACCUGUAGCAGGAUCAGCUUCAGAAGAAGAGAUAAAUCUUGUUGCGCAGCCAAAAAAUCAAGCCCUGGAGAAUGUUCAGAUUAAUGAUUUCCAAGAUCUUAUGUAUGCCAAUGCACUUGCUGGACGACCUGAUGAAGCAGAACAAGCAUUGCAAUUAAUGGAGAAAUAUCAACUGAAACCUAAUGUACAAUGUUAUACCCAUAUUAUGGAUGCAUAUGCCAAUGUCCGGGAUCUGGAUAAUGUGGUUGCAACUUUCAAACGGAUGCAAAAAAAUAAUCUUGAGCCAGAUAUAUAUUCUUACUCAACUCUUAUCAAAGCAUUCGCCCAGGACUUAAGAUUAGACGAUGCACUGGUAGUAUUUGAGAAACUGAAGAAGUCUGAUAUAAUUCCAACCCAGCCCGUAUUUUCCAGUUUGAUCAGUGGAUUUAUAAAGGCAAAUAAAAUUGAAAGAGCAUGGGAUUUGUUUGAUGAGAUGAGACUAUCAUACCAUCAAGCAGACGAAGUUUCCUUUACAAUGAUGUUACAUGCUUGUGCAAAGAGAGGAGAAGUUGAGCGCGCAUUGAACCUUUUUGAGGAUAUGGCAAACUAUAAUCUUUAUCCUACAGACGUCACUUUUAACGUAUUGAUCCACGCAUGCGCCAAAAGACCCGAUUACUUCGAUGAGGCAUUCAGUAUGUUCCACCAAAUGCAAGAUGUCUAUGGAUUCCAGCCCGAUCGAAUUACGUACAACACUUUGAUAACUGCCUGUGCUCGUAAGAGAAAUCUUGCUAGAGCACGUUCGAUUUUCAAGUUGAUGUUGGAGGACACCAAAACGGCUGGCACUGCUAGUAUGUUAAUCCCUGAUCGAUACACCUACACCAAUUUAUUCUGGUGUUAUGCCAAUUACACCCCACCAUCCACAAAAAACAAGAACGUCGAGACCACAGAUGUGUCAGCUGAGGAUGGUGCUUUGGUCGAGACUUGUGUAUUAUUGCCAAACAUGCCAGACAAACGGUCCAAGGUGGUCGAGGAAAGCAAGUUGAUCUUCAAUCAUUUGCUGAAUGAGGGCGUACCCCUAACCACCUCUCUCCUGACAUCCUACAUGAGUGUUCAUAUUGCCCAAAAACAGACGCGUGAGGUUGUGUCGAUCUAUGAUGGUCUGUUUACUCAGCAUGGAAUUGAGCGAGAUCUGUUUACAUAUCAACGCAUGCUUAAUUUCUGUUAUGCGACAAAGGAUAUUGAAUUGUCGUGGAAAGUGUGGGAAGACUACCAGGAUUUUUUGGAGAACCGAAGACUAGCCUAUCAAACGCAGGCGAAUGAUAAUAGUUUACUCAAACAGAAGAAGCUAGAGGCGACUCGAUUAGAAGACGAGCUUACUUCUGGCUGGACAGAAGAAAAUCAAAAGGAUAUGGUACUUUUGAUGGCCAAUACCCUAGCAAGGUCAAAUGAGUUGAAGCAUUCGAUUGCCCUUCUUUCAAAUCACUUCAAGACCCCUGCAGACAACAAGUAUAAACCUAGACUCGCGGAACUUCAGACAGUUUAUGUGAAAUGUGUCCAACUGGAAGAUGAAGAGUCUAAGAAGGAACUGGUUGAUUUAUGUCGUAAAAAUAAUCAAAGAUACUAA